CUGACGAAACAGCUAACAGUCUCUGUCUGAGAGAGAGAGAGAGAGAGAGAGAGAGAGAGCAGAUCCCACGCCGGAGCUCCGGAAAAUGCAGAACCCACCAUCACCCACCCCCGCCGCCGCCGCCUCCAAGUACCCAUCAAAGACCACCCUCUACAUCUUGCUCUCCUCCUCCCUCUUCUUCCUCCUCUUCUUCACCUUCUCCUCCUCCUCCCGUCCCCCCUCCACUCCCCCCUCCGCCAGGCCUGACCCCCUCCUGUUCCCCGCCCGCCACCUCUCCGCUUUCGUCUCCUCCUCUGACCCUCCCCCUCCCUCCAUCGCCUACCUCAUCUCCGGAUCCGCCGGCGACUCCGCCCGGAUCCUCCGCCUCCUCUACGCGGCCUACCAUCCCAGGAACCACUACCUCCUCCACCUCGACCGCUUCGCCGUCCAAUCCGACCGCGAGAAGCUGGCCCUCAGCGUCCAGUCGGAUCCCAUCCUCGUUGCCGCCAGAAAUGUCGACGUUCUCGGGAAGGCUGAUUUUGCCUAUCCAAAGGGGUCUUCUCCCAUUUCCGCCACCCUCCACGGGGCUUCCGUUCUCCUGCGAUUGGCACCCAACUGGGAUUGGUUCAUCAAUCUCGAUGCUCGCGAUUACCCGCUCGUCUCUCAAGAUGAUUUACUCCACAUCUUGUCGUAUUUGCCUAAGGAUCUGAAUUUCAUGAAUCACACUAGUCACAUUGGCUGGAGAGAGUCUAGGAAGCUGCGGCCGAUUAUUGUAGACCCAGGGCUAUACUUAGCAGAUAAAACUGAGAUGUUUUAUGCAAGUCAAAAGCGGGACUUGCCAAAUGCAUACCGGCUGUUCACAGGUUCUGUCUUCACCAUUCUAACUCGAAGCUUUAUUGAGCACUGCAUCCUGGGAACAGACAACCUCCCGAGGACCCUCCUCAUGUACUUAUCAAACACACCCUCGUCGAUCACAAACUAUUUCCAGAGCAUCCUCUGCAAUUCCCACCAGUUCAAGCGGACUGUCAUCAACCACAACCUGCAGUACGCCGCCUUCGACCCUAAAGGGCUGCCUCGGGAGCUCAGCGACAGUGACUUCGAUGCUAUGAUUGCAAGUGGGGCAGCCUUUGCCUCUCGUGUUGGAUCUGAGGGUUCAUUCCUUGACCGAAUCGACCAGGGGAUCCUAAAACGGGGUCCCGACAGGCCUGUCCCAGGAGGUUGGUGCCUUGGCCAGUCGGAGAAUAACACAUGUAUGGUUUGGGGAGAUGCGAGUGUCCUCAGGCCUGGGCCCGGCGCAAGGAGGUUGGAGAAGCUUAUCGUGGAGAUGCUAUCCAAUGAUGCAUAUCUGUCACGCCAGUGCACGGUGGAGCAGUGACCUGGUCCAUUGCUCUUACUUACACGCGAUAGGAAGCAACAAAGAGACUAAAAAUAUAGUGGUGUUGCGAAGUUCCACGGGUUUUAGCGGAAGAGUCGCUUCUGUUUGUUUGUAGAUUAUUUGUUGUUGGACGUAUUGUGUAUGCGUCUAUAGGGGAAAUCGACGUAGGGUAAACCUCAAAUGUAGCUGCCAAUACCAUGGAAAAGAAAAAAAGAAGUGAAAGCUCUCUCAGAAUACGAGUUCUUUAAUACGCUUUAGGUUCA